CAUUUCAUGCAUUUUAAUUCAGUCCUUCAUCUGUUUGGUAGCUCAGAAAUUUUUUUCGACACCGAAUGGAAACUUUUCUAGGUUGGUUCUACAAGGCGUUUCAACCCCAGAAGUACUCUAGUUUAUGUGGUUCACCAGGCGGCCCUCCGGUCACAGCGCAGAGACUCCGUUUAAAGGAUGGGCGGUUCCUGGCUUACUCGGAGAGUGGAGUGCCUAAGGACAAAGCCCAGUUUAAGAUCAUCCUUGCCCAUGGCUUUACUGGCUCAAGGCUCGACUUUCUCAGAGCUUCUCCGGAAAUAAUAGAAGAGAUGGGCAUAUACAUGGUGGGCUACUAUAGAGCUGGGCAUGGGGAGAGCGAUCCAAACACUAGGAAAUGGUUGGGAAGUGAAGCCUCUGAUGUUGAAGAGCUUGCAGAUGCUUUGGAGCUGGGCCAAAAGUUUUUUUUGGUGGGAACUUCAAUGGGUGGGUAUGUGGUUUGGGCAUGCCUCAAAUACAUUCCACACAGAUUGGCAGGAGCAGCACUGGUCGCGCCUGUUAUAAAUUAUAGGUGGCCUAGGUUCCCCAAGGAUUUGUCAAAGGAGGCUUACUACCAGCAGGCAGUGGGAGACCAGUGGCUACUGAGAGUGGCAUACUACGCUCCAUGGCUUCUCAACUGGUGGGUGAACUAGUCUUGGUUACCUUCUCCCACAGUCAUCCAAGGCAACACUUUCCUCCCCAAUCACCUAGACUCUCAGUUUCGCGAUCGAGCUAUAUCCUCAGGGAUUUUCCAUCAGAGGAGGAACAUAUCUACCCUACAAGGUGAAAACGAGUCGCUGCACAGGGACUUAAUGGUGAUGUUUGGGAAGUGGGAAUUUGAUCCGAUGGACUUGCCGCCGCCAUCUUUUCCUGUUCACCUUUGGCAAGAGUGUGAAGACGGCAUAGUGCCGGCCAGCCUGCAGAAGUAUGUAAGCCAGCGUGUGGGUUGGAUCAAGUAUCAUGAAGUCCCAGAGGGUGGCCAUUUUCUGAAUGCCAUACCAGGAUUUGAUGAUCAUCUUCUCAAAACGCUGUUGCUUCAGCCUUGAGAGUUUUUGAGUCACAACUCCAAUAAAAGGAGGUUCUAUGAACCAUCCAGCAAGGUUUAGUUUGUCCUUUGGUGUGAAACUCUUGAUCAAAAUAACGCUUUAAACUACCAUGUGGUUGAGCCUUUGAAUAUGUCUUGUCAUGAAGUUUGAAAAUUAUGUCACUUUC